AUGGCAGAGGACUAUCUGUGGUAUGCAGGCAUUCCUUUCCCAGCCACGCUUUACAAAACUGAAGACAUCAAAGCAGCCCAUGAGCAGUUUGUGGUGAAGGACAAGGACAUCAUCACGGUGACCUACCCCAAGUCAGGAACCAACUGGAUGAUUGAGAUUCCUUGUCUCAUUCUCAGCAAGGGGGAUACGGAGUGGAUCCACUCUGUGCCCAUCUGGGAAAGAUCCCCAUGGAUCGAAUUGGAAUGGGGAUCCAAAAUAAUAAGAGACAUGAAGGAGGGCCCCCGCCUGCUCACCUCCAACCUCCCCAUCCAACUCUUCCCCAAGUCUUUCAUCACUUACAAAGCCAAGGUGAUCUACAUCAUCAGAAAUCCAAAGGAUGUCCUUGUGUCUGGAUAUUAUUUCUAUCGUCAAUCAAAGAUCAUGAUUAACAUAGUAGCUACUCAGAAUGAUGUGAUUUGA